CGAUUCCGGGAAUGACUAUAUUCUUCGGGAGGCCAAAAUUGCCGUCCAGCUCUCCCAUCCACAUCUAUUACCCCAUUACGGUAUCAUUCGCGUCGGUGACCGAAUAGGAGCUGUUACUCCGUAUAUGAAGCAAGGGAACUUGAUAAGCUAUAUUCAAGCCUAUCCCGACCUCGAUACCGUGCGCUUAUGUUAUGAAACUGCCCUUGUCCUGCAAUACUUACAUUCAAAGAGUGUUAUACAUGGGAACGUGCAGCCUCGUGCUUAUUUCCGAUCAAGGCUCGGCAGUUCUAAGCUCAUUGGUGUUUGCGGGUCCUGCAUCGACGGACGUUCGCCCUGGGGAGAAAGCGUCGGGACUUUCCCGUUCCCAAUCAAUAGUUUGGGAGGACGUCCUUGAGCACAGGGCAUUCUCGUAUGGGCGAGCGAAUGCUAACGGUGACAUCAAAGACUUUGGUGGGCUCAUGGCAACGGUGUGCCAAAUGCUGCCUCCCCCUUGUUUGUUGAAUCAUAGCUUAUUCCAUCU